AUGAGGAAACAGACAUUAUAUAAGAAGAAACACCACCAAGAAAGUGAAAGUAGCAGCGAGGAUGACCUAAAUCUUGACUUGCAGAACAUUUGUGAUGACGAUGAAUUGGAUGAUAUUGAUCCUUUGGUGAUUUCAGAAGAUGUCUGUUUAGUUUGUGAAAAUUUAAUUAUGAAUGAUAAUUUAGAAACUGAUGUCCCGAGUGAUAGUAAAACCGAGGAGUUGCCAAAACAAACUGACACUCCUGGAUUCAACCAGUUAGGAAUUAAUGACAAUAUUUCUUCUGGGCAAGGGACAGAAGUUAGCAAUGCUCAAGCUAUGUCCAUACAGGAUAUGCUAACAGCAUUAUUUGAAAAGCUUACUAUUAAAGAGCAGGAGCGUGAAAAACAACGCGAGCUUAAAGAGCAGGAGAAUGAAAGACAACGUCAGCAGGAAAAGGAAAAACGUAGACAGGAAAAGCUUAUAGAAAAACAGCAACAGGAGCUCAGGGACCAAGAAAAAGAAAAGAAAUUUAUGGAAAAUAUAAACGAUAUUUUUCUGGAAAGAGAUAAAGAAAUUGUCAGUAGGAUAAAUCAAGUGUUGGUCGAUCGUGAUAAUGCUAUUACUACCCAUUUUAAGCAGGAGAUAGAUGCAGUAAAAUCCACUAUUGAACCGUUAAUAAACAUUCCAGUUCAGGUUAAUAGUCUUCAAACUGAAGUAGAUAGACUAGAGAACUAA